AGCAGUUGUGUUUGCAUGGCUGUGUUUCGGUUUGAAAGGUGGGAUAUGGCAGUGAAUUUACUGGGUACAAAGGAAUAACAUCUGAGUCCUCAGGAAUGGCAACGCAUGGGGGGUAUCAUGAGCGAAACAGUAUACUUUGUUAUGUCCAUGGUACUACUCAUGUCUAUAGGCGACGGUUACCACUUUCCAUCAGGUGGGCCGUCAGCUUGUUUGUCAUUCUAAGUUGUAUAAAAAAAAAAAUUUAGGCAACUUUUAGCAACAUCCUGUAUAAUGAUUGAGCACCCAAACUAGCUCCCAGUGGGGAACGUAAAUUCUGCAUAACGGACGCAGUCGACCCCGCCGGCGGAUUCUCUAUUACGGUAUUAAACUAAUUAAUAAAGCAAAAAAUGUCCUUGAGGAUACUUCACGCGGGCUCGAGGAUCCCUAGGAACCACAGCGUCAGGUUUACAAGUGAGGAUUUACCUAAAUAUAAAUCUUUGGAAUCCCCGCCGGAUUCGAGCCUCCCCAACUACGCGCCCUACUCCGGCCCUGACUCCGGGGCGCCGAGCCCUGACUCCUGCCACUUCCAGCCGGCCGCUCAACGCUUCAGGCUCAACGAGCAGAGAAUCAAACUCCUGACUGCGAUCAAUCAGAUCGUGCAGCAACGAGCCGACCUCGAAGCCAACCGUGCCACCCUCUCGAAUCUUCUAGAAGAAUUGAAGAGGAAGCUCAAACGGCGAAUAGAAGAAUGCCACUUCGAGAAGAAAGAGAAAAUGAAGGCAUUAAAACAAGCCAACCAGCGGCUGGAGAAAGAGAAGCACUGUCUCGCCACCGAGAUAGACCACCUGAAACGCCAUCUGGAGAAAGAAGAGGCCCAUCACGUGCAGCAUGCUAGAACUGCUGUCGCUCAGGCCAUACAAGGCGUGGGAAAACUGCAUCCAACUGAAAGUAUCUUCACGCCGUGUUCCGUAGCAGACCUGCCAAAUAUGGUGAGCAGGAGUGUUGCCAAGAACGCGCCUUCCAGAAUCGCUGACAACAAAUUGGCAGCCGCGCGUCUGAUGCGCGAUAUAGCGGAGCUGCGACAGAGGGUCGCUCAAGUGGAGGCCAGGCUCGCUAACGAACUGAAGCGUAAGAGGCAGGCUGAGCUCGACAUUAUACGAUUGAGGAAGGAACUAUCCACCACCAAGAGCUGCGUCGCGUCGCUGCGGCUCCCCUUGCAACCGCUAAGGAAGCCGUGCUCCAAGUUCGCUUAGAAGACAAAAAUCAUAAAAAACAUGUCAGAGAUAUGUAACUUACCAUCGUGCAUACCAGUACAAUUUCAUAUCAAAACGUGGCAACAUUUGCAUUAUCUGUCAAUUGAAAAAAUAAACAUAUUUCCGUAAAAAAAAAAGUAUUUUUCUUAAUCUAUGCAAC